CAAACGCAGUAGGCAAAAAACGUCUCCGAGAUCGCGCGUGCUCACAAAAGUUCAAGCAGGGGCAAUAGCAACGGGGGCCUUGCGCGGGUCUUCCUCCUUCAAGCAAGGAGACAACGACACUGCGCUUGCGCAUUUGGGCUCUUCGCUAGCGCAGGCGCCGUGGCUUCGCCGGCUGAAGCGGGCGCGUUCUGAGGCGAGAGGCGCUGUGCUGGAGGAGGGGAGCCGCCCCGUGUCCGCGUCAUGUAUCAGCGGAGCCGGGUGGUGGCCGGGCGCCUGGGGCCCCGGUGCCCUUGGAGAUGGGAGGGCAGUAGCAGCAGCAGGCUCCGGCGGGGUCAGGGCGACUUGGCGCGAUGCUGUUACCGGGCCCGGCCGAGGGACCUGGAUGCAUCAUGGGAUAAGCUGCAUCCAGGGCUAGUCCCUUCUGGUUCUAUAGGACCGACAUUCCACUCCCUGUUCACCAAGAAGUCAUCGGGAGCUCCCACCGUCCUCCCAGCACUGCCCAUACCUGCAGGGGACAGCUUUGCUGUUAUCAACUGUACCAAACUGAAGACUAGCCCUCGCCCACUGAUGCAUAAUCUAGAGACUAGGGCCCUUUCCUGUCCCACUGUGCUGUCCCUACCAGAAGGCUUGGAGGAUGCCCUCACCCUGGUGAAUGGGAGGCAAGAGGACGACAUUGUGGUGCAAGAUAGCGAAGGGCUGGAUGGUGCCUCUUUGGACUCUCUGCACAGCCUGUUUCACGGCUGGCAGUACCGAUCCCCUUACCAGGCUCCUGAGGUAGCACUGGGUCCCCUUGCUCCCUUCAGAGCUACACCUGGAACCCCCUCACCAGUGAGUUCUCCAGAGAGCGAUGAGCCCAGCAUGGAAGAGCAUCUUGCAGUCAUGCAUCAGAAACUACGGAAUGAGUUACCAAAUUUCUUUUUGAAGGCCCACGACUAUGGAAUCUACUCCCGGGAUGUAGAGUUCAUCAAUGAGAUUCUGCAUCUAAGAACACGAGGCCAAACCAUGUACCAGCUGGCGCUGACCUUCUGCCGCUUUGUGGCUUGGAACUACUUUGCUGACUUACAUAUGGAGGUGCUCAAGGUGACACAGCACCCCGAGAACUGGAGCAUUCAAGCCCGGUGGCGGAUUAAGGGGUUGCCCUUCCAUGUCCUCCUGCUCCGCUUCUACAAGAAGGAUAGGAGCGAGCUGUACAGGACCUAUGAUGCCUAUUCCACUUUUUUCUUAGAUUCACAAGGGUUAAUUAAGUGUCACAGGGUAAGCAAGCUCAUGCCAACCCAGCCUCCCCUAAACAAGUUGAAAAAACUUGUAGUAGCCUCUCUGUUGGGCCUGGGGCUGUCAGACCAGAAGCCAUCAUUGCUCCUGCUGUUAUCAAUUCUGGCUUGCAAACAGCAGGGGGCACCAGUAGGUUGUAGGGAUAGCUGAAGCCCACCCCCUUGCUAGUUGUGUCUCUUUUGGUUCAUCUACAAUAACAGAGUAUGUGGUAGGGAGGAUGCCACUCCUGGCUCAUUGUGUAUCCGUAUUGCCUCUGUAUAAAUAGUGUGAGCCUUGCCUCGUGUUGCUGCACCAGCAAGCACUGUGUAAAGAUGGUUGUAAUUUAAUCUGUACAUAAUAAAAGGUUUAUGUUGAAAA